AUGAGUUCCAUCUACCAAGCCUUCGAACUUUUGAGGACAAAGAUACCGGCAGGGAACAACUUGAGGAGACUGAGUAGAUUAGAACUGUUAAAGUAUGUCUUAUUAAAUUAUAAGAUAAAAACUACAUUCAUAAAGCAAAAGCGAUAGCUUAAAACAAUAUGUUUUGAAAGAUAAUUUACAAGAAACUUUAGGUUUGCGGUUACCUACAUCAAACAGCUCGAACAGCAACUACAACUUCCUGAUCCACGCAGGAUUUGAUAAUAAAAUCUAAUAAGAACAAUAGUAUAAUGUAUAUUUUCAAAAAUAAUAAAUAUAUAUUUAUCCCGAUAAAUACUAGAAAAAUCAACAGCGGAUCGAAAGAAACAAGAUCUUGUCGGAGAAAAAAUAUUUUGGGUUUAUUGGCAUUGUGUUGCAGUUAAGAUUUUGGGGAAAUAUUAUUUUUGCGACUGGUAAAACUAAUAAACGAAGGUACCGCGUUGAUAAAAACUAGAAUGGAGUCAAUUAUGAUGUUUAAUUUUGCGUUUCUGUAACCUACAUAAGAUAGCAGUUGAGUGGUCAUCUUAAGUUUACAUUUUUUUUUCAGUUUGGGCUAGACAGAAGUUUUGAUAGUUUUGGUUGAGAACAGGGACUUGUUGUGUCUUCCUGGAUACAUUAAUAUUGCGUCAUUUUGUUUUUGUUGUUUCUUACAGUUUGAGAAACAGGUUGAAAGCAAAUUCAUUGUAGUGAAGCUUCCACUUUCUUUUACACAUAAGAAUGUGAUAUUUGGUAGUUAAUAGUGUUUCAUUAAAACUUCGAAUGUUAAUUAAUACAGUAAUGUUUUGGCAAAACCUUACUUUAUGAAUACAGCUCUGCUUAACUAUAUCGUGGAAUCUUGUUGUUCGGGUCAUUUCCGCGAUCUUCUAAACCAGUGUUUUUAGAAGGAACGAUCAAAGACGUCGUCGCUUUCUGCUAUCCGAGCGGUUCGGGGAUUUUUUACAUCUUAUAAUACACACCGAACCUCAGUUUGGUCACGAGACUUUUCCACUAGUAAGUUUUUCAAAUUUACUUUUAAUAUUUGUGAAUAUCGUCCACGUGGAGCUUAAUGUUUACUUUUUAGGUAGCUAUUUGGUGCGAAAGUGUUCAACGAUGGCUGGAUCAAGUGAAGGUAGGUUUUCUUUUUACGGUAUUAUUUAUAUGUUUAGGUCUUCGUAUCUACAACAGUCUGACAAGGACAAAGGAUGUGUUCAAACCAAAUGACAACAAGGAGGUCAAGUUCUACAUUUGUGGUCCUACUGUCUACGACUCUUCUCAUAUGGGGCAUGCAAGAGCCUAUCUUUCUUUUGACAUUCUUCGGAGGGUUAUGGAGAACUAUUUUAACUACAACGUCAACUAUGUUAUGAAUGUCACAGACAUUGAUGAUAAGAUCAUCAAGCGGGCUCGACAAUGCUUCUUGUUUGAGAGAUACUUGAAGGAGGACAAGAACGCCAAUGAUUUCAUCAAGGACGUCACUGAAGCCUUGGUCUUAUUCAGUGAAAAAGCGGACAAAGAAGGUGACAAGGAUAAGAAAAAGAUGCUCACUGAAAUGGUAAGUGGAAUUUACAGGUUCGAUGUAGCUAUAUUAGGGCUGGAAACAUAUCUUUUUUAUUUAUAAAUUGUUUUUUACCUUUUAAAUGUCGAUUUUAGAUAACUCGUGUGAACGAGACCGUCAAGAAGCUGGAAUCAGAAGUGGUAAAAGCUAAAGGAGAAUCUAACCGCGACCAGUUUAGUGAGCUGCUAAUAUCAGCAAGAGAUAUUUUGUCUGAUUGGUUGGACACAAAGUUUGGAGGCACCGUAAACGAAUUCUCCGUCUUCUCAAAAUUGGCCAGAAAGUAGGUUUUUUUUGUUUUAUAUUAUACUUUACAUAUAAACCUUUCAUAUAUUUUUGUAAAAAUGUUUUAUUAUGAUUGAAUGUUUGAUUGUUUUUAAUAAAAAUUGUAAUUUUAGGUUUGAAAAAGAGUUCUGGGACGAUAUGAACAACCUUGGAGUCAAGGAGCCUUCUGCUGUGACUCGUGUCAGCGAGUUCAUCCCUGAGAUCAUUGAAUAUGUUCAAAAAAUCGUGGACAAUGGCUACGGAUACGUUGCCAAAGAUGGAUCUGUAAGUUACUCUUUUACUCUGUGUAUAGGCUUAGAAGAGUGGUAUCAUUUCAUGUUUAACAUGUAUUUUCUGAUAAAAAAUUGUAUUUUUUUUUCUAAUUUAGGUAUACUUUGACACUUUGGCGUUUUCUGAAGCUCCGAAUCAUAACUAUGCCAAACUCGUGCCAGAAGCGUUUGGUGACACUGAGAAUUUGCAGAAGCAUUUAAGAGAAGGCGAAGGAGAAUUGAGUCUAAGUGCUGACAAGGUUUCCGUAAGUGUUAAAAUGAUUUAACUCUAAAUUGUACAAGAUUGUGUUACUCUAAAUCUCAUAAUUAUUUUUAGGAAAAGCGGAAUCUAAGCGAUUUUGCCUUGUGGAAAUCCUCAAAAGAAGGCGAACCGUUCUGGGAUUCUCCGUGGGGCCAAGGAAGACCUGGAUGGCACAUUGAGUGCUCGGCUAUGAGUACGGCGAUUUGUGGCGAGAAACUUGACAUUCAUGCUGGUGGUUUUGACCUUAAAUUUCCUCAUCAUGACAAUGAGAUCGCUCAGGUAUGCUUUUCUGUACUUAUAAAUCAGAAUUUGGUUCAGAGAAAACAUUUUAAUAUGACUCACUAUUUAUAAUUUUUUUGUUUAAUAUGUAGUUUAGUGCGAAGCCUACUUCAACUCUGACAACUGGGUGAACUACUUCUUGCAUUGCGGAACUUUGCGGAUUCAAGGAUCGAAAAUGUCAAAAUCUCUAAAGAACUUCAUCACGAUAAAGAAAGCAUUGGAAAGUUACACUGCAAGACAACUGAGGAUUCUGUUUUUGAUGCACAACUGGACCGAUGUUCUUGACUACAGCAAUGCCACGAUGGAACACGCUCUUCAGUUCGAAAAAAUGACCAAUGAAUUCUUUUUGAAUGUGAAGGAUCAUCUUCGAAGGUCUUCUUACAACUCUGAUGAGGUAGGCUUGACUUGUUUUUAAAAGUUUUUUUUAAAUUAAUUAAGUUUAUCAAAUUAACAUUGAAAUUAUUUGUUUUCAGUAUUUUUCAAAGUUUGGAAAAGAAGAGUUAGAAAUGAAAAAGCAGAUCGACGAAGCCAAGGAAGCCAUUCACCUGGCUUUUUGUGAUUCUGUGGACACAAGGUCAGUCAUAGAGAAGAUCCGUCAAGUCAUCAGUUACUGCAAUCUAUACAUCAAGCAUAAGGUAAGACAAUGAUUAUAAAAAUGUAAUUCUCGUGUUUAGGAAUCUUCGCAACAACAAGUGUACGUGAAGCUUCUGAGAGAUACGUCCGUAUACAUCACAUGGCUUCUCAAAGUAUUUGGUGUAGUUGCAGAAUCAGAGGAGAUUGGGUUGGGCUCCGACAGCACAAGUGAUAGCAAAGGCUUCGAAGAACGACUGAUGCCCUACUUGGACGUUUUCGUAGAAUUCAGGGAGAAAGUACGAGAGAUUGCCAGGAAAGACAAGAUCGUGGAGAUUCUGAAGGAAUGCGACAGGCUCAGAGACGAAUCAUUACCAGAAGUUGGAGUUCGAUUGGAAGACAAAGCCAACCAAACUUGUGUCAAACUAGUGGACAGGGAAACACUGCUAAGAGAGAUUGUACAACAAAAGGCGUUACAGAAGGCCAAGGAAGAGGAAAAAGAAAGGAAACGGUUGGAGAAGGAGGCCAAAGAACGAGCCAAAGCUGAAGCGGCCAAGAUCAACCCUGCUGAGCUUUUCAAACAAGGUGAAUAUAAAGGAAAGUUCAAGGAAUACGAUGAGAAUGGCAUGCCCACCAUCGACUCCGAAGGCAACGAAAUCUCAAAAAAGCAAUUGAAGAAGCUCCAGAAGAUGUACGACGACCAGAAGAAGGCGUUCGAAGCUGCUACACAACAAACGGUCUGA